AAAAUAAAAAUUUUGCUGAAAAAAUCUUCUGUUUCGUGCGUCCUGAAGAUUCGAAGCAGAAAAAAGAUAAUCGCAGAGUUAGAUUUACUGAACUUCUAAAGAAUUUCAACGAGCUGAUAAGGAAGAAAGUGACGGGAUUAUUUAUUAUAUUAUUAUAUUUUACUUAUUUAGGAAUUUCGAUAUGGGGAUUGACAAAAUUUUCUUAUGAACAGGAAUUAGAAAUGAAUUUAGUACACGGUACUUAUCGACAUAAUUAUCACAAAACGAAUGAAAAGUACUAUAAUCAAUACAAGUACAGAUUACAGCUGUUCAUCACGCAGGAACUCGAUUAUUCAAAUCGCACAAUACAACAAAAUAUUGAAAAUAUGCUACAAAUUCUCGAAUCGAAUCCUCUGAUCGCUGGAUCAUUGACCGAAUCCUGGCUAAGAAGUUAUUUACAGUUUAUUUCGCAGAUUAAAUUUUAUUUCUACUUAACCGGAUAUAACGUGACAAAUUCGGAAGAUUUCCUUUUCGUUCUGCAUAAAUUAUUCUUACGCUUUCCAGAAGCGAAAAGAUUCAGACAAGACAUCGUUUUCGAUGAUUCCUUCACCAAAAUCAUUUCUUCUCGUUUCUUACUUCAAACGAAUAUUACAAACAACGGAAGUCAUUUCUACAAUCAGUUUAAACACCUUCAAGAAACGUUGAAUUCUUUCCCAUUCACCACUGUGGUAUAUCAUCCGUUGUUUUACUAUUUCGAUAUUAUUGACGCCAUACCUAAGAUAACAAUUCAGACUUUAUGUAUUGUGUCGAUCACCGUUUCUAUUAUAUCUGCCGUAUUGUUACCAAACGUCAUUUGCAUCGUGUGUGUAUUUUUCAGCAUAAUCUCGGUAGGAGUGGGUGUUUUGGGCUUCAUGUUUCUUUUUAAUCUCAGUUUCAAUGUGAACUCCUUUUCUGUAAUAAUUAUUGUUAUUGGAUAUUCUGUGGAUUACGCAGCACACGUUUCCUGCGCGUAUAUAUCGGCGAAAUCAAAUAGUCCGGAGAAACGAUUGCAGAAUGCAAUAAAUUUGACGGCAUUUCCCAUUAUACAAGGAAGUGUCACUACCAUUCUUGCCAUUGUAACAGUUCUAAACGUUUCGGAUAAAGGUCCAUUGUUAGCGACAAAAGUGAUUAUUUUAGCCUGUAUACUGGCUGGAAUUCACGGACUUACAUUUGUUCCAAUAAUUAUUUCGUUGAUCGACAGAGUUUUUCAAAAAUGUCUCCAUUUUAUAUUCAAGUGGAAAUGUUCAAAUUCCUUCAGUCCUAAUCAUACACAAAGUAUACAGUCAAUUCAGACGAAUAAAUAGAAGACUUAAUAAUUACAUUAUUGAUUAUAGUUAUAAGAUUUGUAAUAUGUUUCACGUUUAACAGUUGUAUUAAAUUUAUUAUUAUUAUUAUUUGAAUAUAUUUGUGUGGAUUUCACAUAAAAUGUGUUAUAAGUACUCUUUACAUAGA